AUGGCAGCAAACAACUACUACUAUGGCGACAACCCUCAGCCUCAAAGCCACCAAGCUCCCCCUUACUACGAUCACACGCACGCGCCCUCCGCAGACUCGGACCUGCCGCAGGCGUACAACCCAGGCUACUCGGAUCCUCAUUACGGGAGCCCAUAUGGCGCUCCUGCAAACCACCAGGGCCAGACAGGUGCGUCGCCGUUUGAUACCGUAUUCGACGAUCACGCAUACCCAACGAACUCGAAUCCAGGCCCGGGUGCGAGCGGCAGCGACAUCUCCCAGCAAGGCUUCUACCACCAAGAUACAAACUACUAUGGAUCGAGAACGGAGAAUAUCCCGUUGCAAGACCACACGAGCAAAUCCCCCGACAUCAACGAUCACAUCUACGACGCGCCGGCCGAGCAGUCGGGUCAGAGGCGGGACAAGAGAGGCAAAGUUCGGGUUGGAGAGCUGGGCAUGCUAGGCUCUAAUCGAAAGCGCAUCCCAUGGCUGGUUUACAUCUUCUCGUUGGCGCAAGCUGCUGUUUUCAUUGCCGAAGUGGUGCGCAAUGGUAUAUUGACGGGCUCUCCCAUCAUGAUCAAGCCCCAGUUCAACCCCAUGAUCGGGCCAUCGACACAGGUUCUCAUCAACAUGGGCGCCCGAUAUGUGCCCUGCAUGCACAACAUCAAGGAGAUUCAGGGCUCCACCAUUGAGGUGCAGUUUCUUUGUCCCAACGCCACAAAGAGCACACAGUUCUGCCCUCUUUCGGAGCUGUGUGGCUUCGGCGGCGAUGUCCCUAACCCCAAGUUCGACGGCAACGCGAACCAAUCGCCUGCUCCCAACCAGUGGUUCCGCUUCAUCAUUCCCAUUUUCAUGCAUGCCGGACUUAUCCACAUCGGCUUCAACCUGCUUAUGCAGCUCACCAUCGGCAAGGAGAUGGAGAUUGCAAUUGGGUCGAUUCGAUUUUUCCUCGUCUACAUGAGCGCUGGCAUCUUCGGUUUCGUCAUGGGAGGCAACUACGCUGCCCCUGGUAUUGCCUCCACAGGAGCUUCAGGCUCUCUGUUCGGAAUCAUUGCUCUUACUUUGAUUGAUCUGCUAUAUUCGUGGAAGGACCGCCGAAGCCCCGUCAAAGACCUUUUAUUCAUCAUAAUCGACAUGGUUAUUUCUUUCGUGCUUGGUCUGUUGCCUGGCCUGGACAACUUUUCUCACAUUGGAGGAUUCUUGAUGGGUCUCGUCUUGGGUAUCUGCCUUCUCCAUUCUCCUAAUUCGUUGCGGCGGAGAAUUGGCCCAGAUCCCUUUUACUCGGCGGUGCCCGGGGCACAAGACCCGGAUACCGUUCCCUUUUACAAAAACCCGGUUGGAUUCUUCAAGGGGAGGAAGCCUCUGUGGUGGGCCUGGUGGCUUGUGCGAGCUGCCGCUCUCGUGGCCGUUAUCGUUGUCUUUGUCGUUUUGAUACACAACUUUUACAAGAUUGGAAACACUUGUAGUUGGUGCAAGUAUCUUAGUUGUCUUCCUGUUAAUGGUUGGUGCGAUCUCGGAACCAUCCAGGUACAAUAA